CUUAACUUAGAAUGUAUUAUGUUUGUAAGGGAUGUGAUAAUUGCUGUCGUAGUUGUUGUAGAUGUUGUGAAGUAAAUAUAUAAUAAUAACAUUAAGGAAUGUUGUGGAGAAUGUUGCGAUGCAAUUUCAAAUUGUUUUUCUACUCCUUUCUCAUUUUGUACUUUCAUUACUUUUUUUGUCUCAAUAAUUCCCUUUAUUAUAAUGAUAGUAGCAUUGAUUUAGAGUUCUGAUUUUGAUUGUCAAGAAAACAUCAAAACCUAUCUAAUAAUUUAAGGGAUCAAUAAUUUGAUAAACUUUUUAUUCUGCUUAUACAUAACUUUUCAUUAUGGAUAUUAUGGUAAAUAUAAAGUGGAAAGUUAAAAAACCUUUUGGGAAUAAACAGUUGAUUUAAUUUUAUAUGAUUGGUUUGUAUGCAUAUAUGUAUUUGCAUUAAUCUUUUUCAUAAUAUGGCUUAUAAUAUGUUUUUCAGCAGCAGAUAACGAAGUAUUAAAUAAUAUAAAAUAAUAAGCCAAAGCUUUCCCCUUGUAGAGUAUAGAACAAUGGAUUUUUAAUGACUGCUUUAACAAUCAAUCUAAUAUGUAUGAUUGUAUACCUGAUAGUUGGAUUUUUGAUUUUCAUAAUAACAGUCAUAUUAUAUUCAUGUGAUGAUGGCAGUUGUACUUGUGGCAGCUGUGUAAAUGAUGUUAAUAAUCUUUUAGUUUAGAUGUUGUUGUUUAAUAUUGACUUGUGGAAUGUGUGAUUUUGGCAAAAAUAAAAAGAAAUAUUCAAAAGAGUAUACUGAGAAAAGAAAAGCAUAAUAUAAUGAAGAAAGAAAGGGUUGGUUAUAAUCAGGAAAGAGAUUAUUCGGAUUUCUAUCUCUUGGAAGAGCAAAUCCUAGAAUGAAUUAGAUGAAUACAAAUAUGGAUCAAUAAUAAUAAUAUAAUUAACCACCUUAAUAAUAAUAGAGAGUUGCUGUUCAUUAGGAUAGAUCAGUAUAAAAUUAUUUAAAUUUAGUUCUUUGAUAAAUUAUCUGACUGUUUCAAAAGUAAUAAUAAUAAUAAUAAUAAUAAUAAUAAUAAUAAUAAUAAUUAUAGAAAUUAAUAACCAUAAUAGUAUUAAUAAUAAGUCUAUAUAUAAUAAUAACCUAAUAAUCCAUAGGUUAAUUAUUAAUCACCUAAUAUGUAUCAAUAACCAUAUUAAUAUCAAUAAUAACCUAAUUAAUUAUAGUAGUAAUAUUAAUAUCCUGCUUAGUAUCCACCUAAUUAUCAAUAUCCAUAAUAAUAAUAAAAUGGAUGGGGAUAAUGA